UGGCUCAGAUCCCAUGUUGCUGUGGCUAUGGCAUAGGCCAGAAUCUGCAACUCUGAUUCCAUCCCUAGCCUGGGAACUUCCAUAUGCCGUGGGUGUGGCCAUAAAAAAAAGUAAAGUGAGGAAAACAGAGUGUAUCUUAUAUUUCAGUAUCCAUAUUCCUGGAUGUAGGUAACUGGAAUGUAGCUGGAGGGGAAUAUCUGUACUCUUUGGAUUCUGGUGCAGCCAUCUUCCUAGAGCCUGCCAGUCUUAUUUUUUUAAAAACACAAAUCAGACAAUUGCUCUGUUUUAUACAUGAUCUUAAGUACUUAAUUUUUGUAUAACUAUAAUUUAACCAUUCAUUUUUGUUUCUAGAUUUAGUUUGACUAUUUUCAAUGUUUUGAGGUAAUUUAAAACUAUUCCUUAUGUAUUGGGCAGGUAAAAUAAGCAUUGCUUAAUCAUUUGUGUAAUGGGUGCAUUAAUAUCAAUCCCCUACAGAGUUUUUGAAGGAGAUUUGAGAUUAUUUGUUUUGUGAAACAAUAUAGUGUAAAAUGUAUUGUCGAGGUAAAUUAUUAUGUUUCUAAUACUUAAGUGAAAGAUCUAUUUCAAGUAUAAGUUGAGUUUUGUCCAUAUGUCAGUAAAAAUGCAAAUUAUUUAUUGAACAACUACCAUGUUCAGUCCUCUAUGUUAGUCUGUGCUAUUUUAAUAUGCUAAGUAACUUUAUUUAUAAAAUAAUGAAUGUUUAACAAUGUUUGUGUGUUGGCUAGGUCUAGAAACAGAUGUAGAACCUUGAUUCUGAAUAAAAGUGCAGUGUUGAAUGCCACAAUAAAUAAACACAGUGGGACACAGAAGCUUAGUUUUGGGUCUCUCUUGUUGAUCAGAAGAUGAUGGGAGGAUUUUCUUAAAACAGUGAUGCUUAAAUCUGGAUGGAGGAUUUGCAAAACAAUUUUCCUUUAUCUCACCUUGGGAGAUUAAAAAAAAAAAGCACGUAUCCAACUGUGCCAUGGAAAGUUAUGCAUAAAACCUUUUUAUGGGCUCCGUAAAACCUCACUAAAAGAAUGUAUUAAAUCACUUUGGCCAAUAGUAAUCUGGUCCCUGAUACACCAGAGGUCCUUAAGGGUUCAUAUGCCACCCAUAACCAGCUGGCUUCUGAUAUAACAAGAAGGGAUGAGGGGAUAGGGGGAACAAAUGCUAUAAAAAGACCAAGACUUCGGUUGUGAGCUGAGGGUGUGUGAUUGGGUUGGACACAUGUACCUGGUUCAAAUAAAUCCCCGAAAAGGGAGCUUUAUAGUACCCAAGUUAAGCACCAGAGGAGCAGAGGCGCCAUUAUAGUAUCUACUGCCUGCCACAUCCACCUUGGAGAAUUUCUCCAUUAAGAGAAUGUUGUGUCUUCAAAAUUGAAGUGACAGUUUGGGGGACAGGUAGGAUGGAGUCCUCUGUCUUUCUCUUUCUUUCUCCCUUCUCCCUUUCUUUCUCCCUUCUCCCUUUCUUUCUCUGUUGCAUCCUUCUCUCUCCCUCCUUCCUGUCACUCUUUAAAUGUCUGCAACUUUAUACUGAAUGCUCUUUUGGCCAAUGGGGUAAUGUUGACAGAAUGUUGAUAGACACUUUUCUCUCUAGUUCUUCUGGCUAGCUCAAGAGUGAUCACCUGGAAUGAGAUUAAAGGUCAGGUAAAGCACUUGACCCUUUGGUACCACUCAAGGAGAGCAGGGUAGUGUGGGCAAGAACAGUAGUAAUAGUCUGGAGUAGUCAGUCACAAUAGCAAGAACGAGUUAUGUGAUGCUAUGUAGAAAGAAUGCCAGGUGGCAGGUAGCACAUAGUUUGUGUACCUUCAUUUCUAACCCUGUCCUGGGACCCACCUGUACUGUGGAAAAAUCUGCCCUCCUCUAAAGGUUCCAGUCUUGCUUGAUAGCAUCAUCAUCUACCCAGUGGUUCAAGGUAGAUAGUGUAACCUUAACCUUAAUUCUUCUCUUUGCCUUGCCCCUUUUGUCAAAUACAGAACAAGCCUUUUAGUUUCUCUUACAAAAUUGAUCUAGAAUUUUUCCACUUAUCUCCCAUUGCUUUAGGCCAAGUCACAUCAUUUCUGGCCUAGAUUUACUGAAAUAGUCUCUUAACUAAACUUUCAUGUUUAUACUUCCUAAUCCAUUCUCUACAUAGUCCUUAGAGGUGAUCUUUCAACAGUGUAAAUCGCAUCAUGUCACAAGUUGGCUUGGUCCUUCAGCAGCUUUUCCUUAUACUCAGAACAAAAUCCAGACUCCCUGUUGUCACUUACAAGGCCCUGCCUGAUCUGGUUCCUACUUCUUUGUCCAAUCUUGUCUUGCUCCUUUAUGCUGAUUAUAUUUCAGCCACAGAAUCUUUCCCAGUUCCACAAAGAAGCAUUAUUUCUUCCCACAUGCUUGGCCACUUCUGUGCAUGGAAAUUCUGCUCUUCCUUUUGCACAACUGACUUUUUUUUGUUUGUUUGUUUUAGUUUUUGUUUUACAGCACCCAUGGCAUGUGGAAGUUCCCAGGCCAGGGAUCAAACCUGGGCCAAGGCAGCAACCUGAGUCAGAGUAAUGACAACCAGACCCUUAACUCACUGAGCCACGGGAACUCCUGACCUCUUCUCAUUUUUGAUGUCUCAGAUUUUAUUGCACCUACUCAAAGAGGGCUUCUUUGGUCUCAACCUUGUAUGGCUUUUCCUACUCCUAUUUUUUUCUCUUACAGCACCCUAUAUAUGUCUUUUGUAGCACAGCUUAGACUGUGUGUCCUGUUUACUUGGCUGAUAUGAGUUUGCAUCUUUAGAAUGAAUGCCCUAAGGACAGAAACCAUGUCUCUCCUUUUCUCCAUUGUAUCUUUAUCACUUAGCCUUAUGUCUGAUACUUGUACUGAUCCAGUACGCUUUUGAAAGGAAGAAUGACUGAGAAAUAAUGAGAAGUAAGUUCUUUAGUGAGUUUAACAGGAGUAGAGGAGCUGACCACUACAGGUAGCAGCAUAUUAAAACUAUAAUUAUGACACUAGUUCAUAGAGGGGUAAGCAGACUACCUGUUUUAUAUAUCAAAAGGUAUUGCAUUUCUUCAGAUGGGAUCUCAUGUAUCUUCACAAAUUUCAUAUGCUUAUUCAGGUUAAAGCUUAAUAGUUUAUUUAGAUAUUCAUUAUCUUACAUUCACACCUUCCUUUAUCCUUACUAUUCAGUCUAUUUUUAUUACUCAUUAAAAAUAAGGCAACUAUUAAUCAACUUGUCAGUCAAUAUCAAGUAAAGAAUACAACUAAAAGAAACAAAAUUGUUCUACUUAAAAUUUUAUUUUUAUUUAUUUAUUUAUUUGGGCUGCAUCUGUGGCAUAUGGGAGUUCUCAGGCUAGGGGUCAAUUUGGAGCUGCAACUGCCAGCUUACGCCACAACCAUAGCAAUGCCAGAUCCGAGCUUCAUCUGAAACUGGCACUACAGCUAAUGGAAAUGCUGGAUCCUUAACCCAUCGAGCGAGGCCAGGGAUUGAACUUAUGUCCUCAUGGAUACUAGUAGGGUUCGUUACUAUUGAGCCAAGAUGGAAAUUUCUCUACUUAAAAUUUUAAAUUUGAGAUAAAUUAUUGUUCAGAAGUUUGUUAAGAAAGUAUGAUAAUUUAUGCAUAUUUUUAGAUUUUUUUUUGGAAAAUAAAUUACCUUGCAUGUAGUUAUUUAGGUACUGCUUCAUGAAACUUAAUUCAGGUAUAUGUUUGUACAUAUUUAUGUUAUCUGUCUUUACUGGGGCUCAAGAAAAAAUGUAUUUCUUGAAAAGAUUGUGAUACGAUUUUUUAGACAGCUGCUGUUCCAGCUGCUAUCAUUCUAAAAACUUGAUGUAUAAUUCUGGCUAACUCAGUCUCAUGCCAAGUUGCACUGAGAGGUAAUUCAAUAGAUAUUUGUAGAUAUACCCAGAAUUUGACAAUCAGUAUUUACCAACCAAAGUUACAUAAUCUUCUCCACAGUUACAAUUUAUAAUUUUAUUUAAAAAUUUUGGUUUUUGGUAUUUUCAUCUGAAUGUCCUCUUGUUAGACAUUCCCCCCAUCAGUUGUUCCUCCUAACUGCCUAUUACUGUUAAGGAAUAAUGUAAAAAUGAAAUUGAUAAGAAUUAAUUAUGGUUACAAUAGUUAUGGGUCAUUAGGCACCAUGCAUCGUCUUAGAAAUUAGUUUCAUUAUUGUAGUAGUAAUUUAGAAAACAGUUUUUCUUCUUUAACUUUAAAGAUUAUUAAUACCAUCAUAUGUGACAAUUAUGUAUCUGUUCAUCAAGUAUUAAUCAAGGAACUACUUCUGUCUGCCAUUGCAAGUUAAAAGACACACACCUGGCCCACAGGGAACAUAUGUUUAAGCAGAGGAUACAGACUGGUAAACAGGUAACAUUAUACAGUGGAAUCAGUCCAGUAGACAGGGUACAGAGCUGAGCUAUGAGGGAGUAGAUUAAAGAGAUGGCCUCUUAUUCUUGAGGGUUCAGUGAAAAUUUCUUUGUCCUGCAAGUGUUAAUUUAAUGAGAUGUGAAGAAUGAGUAUAAGUUAGUUUUCAAAAUGUAAUUUUGGUCUUUAGUGUUCCAGUUUGAGAAAAUAGCAUAGUAUGAGAAAACAAAGGUAGGGGAGUGGCAAGAGUGAGACAAGUUAGAGAACUUUAACUCUAUCCUGGUGUAGAGGAAGUUUUCAAGAGAACUUGGUGUAUAAUUCUGAGAUAAUUCUGUAUAAUUCUGGCUAACUCAGUCUCAUGCAAAGUUGCAUUGAGAGGUAAUUCCAUAGAUAUUUGUAGAUAAAACCAGAAAAUGACAAUCAAUCAGUAUUUGCCAAACAAAAGUUACAUAUUCUUCUCCACAGUUACAAUUUAUAAUUUUAUUUGAAAAUUGUUGCCACUUCAUUUCAUGACCCUUCUCCACCUUUGUUUUCCCAUACAUACCAUGCUAUUUUCUCAGAAUUUUGUAUGAGAGAGCCCAUACAAAAUUAUCAGCAUGGAAGGAUUUUAAUAGCACUGUUAAUCCAAGUACACUUGGCCAAUAGAUGGGUUAACACUAGGCUCUUGAGAAUAAGACUAAUACUGGAUACAAAGAGCAUGAACUGACAAAAUCCUGCAACUUUUGUGUAGAGUUGGAAAUGUUAAGAGCAUCAGUAUUUAGAAAAUGUGAAUGACUCAUCAAAGUUUUACUUUGUAGACACAUACAUACCACACGUAAGAACUUAGGUGUUGCUCCCACGCUGUGGAUUUAAACAUUCUCCAGUCUGUUCUAUUUUUUGGGGGGGCGGGGCGCCACACCUGAGGCAUAUGGAGCUUCCAAGGCUAGGGGUCGAAUCAGAGCUGUAGCCGCCCCGCCGGGCUACAUCGCAACCACAGCAACAUGGGAUCUGAGAUGCAUCUGCGACCCACACCACAGCUCACAGCAACACCGGAUCCUUAACCCACUGAGCGAGGCCAGGGAUCAAACCCAUGUCCUCAUGGAUGGUAGUCAGGUUCGUUAACCGCUGAGCCAUGAUGGGAGUUCCUCCAGUGUGUUCUUUAAAUGGCCCUUAAUACUCAGUUGCCAUUUCAUUUCAUGCUAUUCUUUCAUUCAUUGAUUCAUUGAUUCAUUCCACUUUAUACAUACGUACAUACAUACAUUCAGACAGUCAUUCAGUCAUUCAGCCUUUUUUUUUUUUUUUUUUUUGGACAAAAUGUAUAAAACAGCAUACUUUGAGUUUCUUUGGGAAGCAAAAUAAUCUGAAAUGUAUGUAGUUCUCUGUCUUUGAAGAGAAAGUAGGAUGUGUUGGGUCAUAAUGGAAGUGUAUAUAAAUUGUUUUCUGUCUUCAUAAGGAAAACAAAGAUGGUCUCAUUGAGGUAGUGGAAUUUGAACUGAGUCUUGAAGAAUGAGCAAAUCCUGCAUGUGGAAUGCACCAUAGGGAACAAGAGUCCUCAGUGCACAGGGGGGAAACACAUGUAAAAAGGCAGUAACCAAAUUCCUUUUGUAUUGCUUCAACCAGGAGAGAAUUUGGAACUAUUUAUUCCAUAAUUUUAACAUGCCAUUUAGGGUCUUACUAAGACUCACUAAUUCUAAGAAUAGUCCUUGGUAACUAACUCAAACACCUUUUUUUCAUUCCUGUCAUAAUCAUUUAUGUAGCUGUACCUCUCACUUCACAUUAAAGUAGCUCAGGUUAAUCACCUGAGGAACUGCAGAAUAACUAGAGACUUCAGAAUCAGAAAAGAGAAUGCAUCAGAAAGAGAAAUUAUAGUUAGAAUAAACACUGAGGUAUUUCCUGUCUAUCUUUCUCAUUUUACAGAUGAAGAUAUAAGUUAUGCCACACCUGAGGUCUAGUCCUCUUGUAGUGGCAGAACUGGAACUAGAACCCCAGGUUCCUGACUUGCAAUGUUAACAAAAUCUAAUUAUAUAAUACAGGAUAAUAAAACUGUCUACACAGUAAAAAUAUGAGAACUUGAAUGUAAUAUAAAUGAAAUUGAUGGUUACUAAAAUAAUUUACAUAUCCCUUUUAUUGUAUGCCACCGGAGUUAAUUGAUAAGUAGAUAGGGCAUAAAUUACAAAUAAAAUAAUUUACACCUAACUGAAUGAAAUUUAAGGUAAUAUAGUCCACAGAUAUAGGGUUCAUUAUUCAUCUGUAUUAGUGCCAACAGACUAUAUACUCAUAUAGAAAUUUUGUCAAAUUUCUAUUUAAAAAUAUAUGCAAUAAUUCAUUAAUAAUUUUUUCUGUGGUAGCUGAUGUAAUUAAGUAAAUUUGCAUUUUGGUCAAAAGAUAAUUAAAUAUUUCAUAAAAUUUAUGAGAUGAUUUAUACAUUGAGUGUUAUCACCAAUCCUAUAAUAUUAUUAAAUGUUAUAAAACAGUUUUCAAGGGAGUUCUCUUGUGGCACAGCUUGGGACACCGCUGUGGCACUGGUUCAAUCCUUGACCUGGGAAGUUCCACAUGCAAUGGGCGUGGCCAAAAAAAAAAUUCACUAAAAGAAGAGUUUGUGAAAAUGACACAAAAAUUCAUUUAUUUAGUUUGAUAAGGACAAUAACAUGCAAAAACAGAAUUUGCCUUUCUUUAAAUUUAAAUAUAUUAGUGAAAUUCAGAAAUUAUCACCUGAAUAAUGUGAACAAAAGCAAAGUGUAAUAUUUAAAAACUUCUUUAUAUAAGUUUAAAUAUAAAUUAAUUGUAUAAUAAAUUAUUCCCUAGUUAUUUUCCUUGGAAAGAUUUCUUACAAAUCCUGAGGAAACAGGUUUUUUUUUUUUCAAUUUUCAUACUAGUACAGUUAUUACUAUGAACACAACUUAAUACUACUUAUUACUAUUUACUACUAGUAGCUACCAUUAUCAAGCACAUAUUUUAUGCCAAACACUGAACUAAAUCCUUUACUUAUGUUACCUUAUUUAAUUCUUAUAAUUUUAAAAAUUUACAGAUGAGGAAACAGAAUCUUUUGAGGAAUAAGGAAAUUACUCAGACUCAAGCAGCCAUUAAACAGCAGAGGUGAUACUUAUGCCCAAGUUUCUCUGAUUUCAAAGUCUUGCUCCCAAAUUCCAUGUUAAACUGCCUUUAUUUAGUUGACACACAUAUUGUGAGCCUCUGUGUACUGGCAUUCCUUCAGAUGCUAUGGAGGCCAAAAUAUAUAAGAAUAGCUUUGGUCCUUCUAGGCUUCUCCAGCAAGAGGGGCUAUUUAAACAAACAGUUGAAAUGGAAACUUACAGAUGCUGUGAAAGAAAAGCAUAAAACACAUAAGAAUGCAGUGAGGAUAUCAAGUAAGACAUUAUUUCUACCUAGGAAUUCCAAGGAAAGAUUUUGCGUAAAAAAUGAUGCAUGAACUAAGACUAGAAAAUAAGGAAUUGUUGGGUAGAUAGAAGAGGGAAGGGUCAUCCAAAUUUGGGAAAAGAUAAGGGACCAUGAUAGAGUAAGGGGAAAGUAUAGUUUUCUGAUUGAAGAAAUAAGGCUAAAGGAAAAAACUUAUAUACAUAAUUACUUUCUGUCCAGUUAGAGGGAGGUUAUAACAUAUUCCAUAGUUACUGUCAUACUGUUGAUUUUAUAGGAUUGAAAAAUAGUCACACUUUUUACUGAAUAUACUGUGCAAUAAGGAGGCAACCCCAGAGGACUGAAUACCAACCAGUAAAGAGGCUAUGACGAUGGUUCAUGAUGAAGGAGACUUGGAGCUGAUAAGGAGAAGCUACUGAGGUGGGAAGCAGUACCAGCUCUGAAUAAUCAAUAAGCAAAUAUUUUCUUCUAAGACCACUGGAAGACUUCAUAGUUCUCCCUGGCCUUGACCUCCUCUAACUGCAAUCGUGAACUGCUGGUGGUCUGUGAACUUGGAUUUCAAAUUCAGUUUUGUCCUUGGAAGCUGCCUGUUUUCUCAGUACUCAUCCUGCUGUCAGCUGCUGCCUGUUUUCUCAGACUCAGCUCUGUGUUCUGUGGAGUUAAAACAAGGCGAGCCAACCAUGACUGGCAAAACGCAGACCAGCAAUGUCACCAAUAAGAAUGACCCCAAGUCCAUCAACUCUCGAGUUUUCAUUGGAAAUCUAAAUACAGCCAUUGUCAAGAAAGUUGACAUUGAAGCCAUUUUCUCAAAAUAUGGAAAAAUAGUUGGCUGCUCAGUUCACAAAGGUUACGCAUUUGUACAGUACAUGAGUGAGCGACACGCAAGAGCUGCAGUGGCUGGAGAAAAUGCCAGGAUCAUCGCUGGACAACCACUGGAUAUCAACAUGGCAGGAGAACCCAAACCAUACAGACCGAAACCUGGAAAUAAGAGGCCCCUUUCUGCACUUUAUAGACUUGAGUCAAAGGAGCCUUUCUUGUCUGUUGGUGGCUAUGUCUUUGACUAUGAUUACUACAGAGAUGAUUUCUACAAUCGGUUAUUUGAUUACCACGGCCGUGUGCCUCCACCUCCCCGCGCUGUAAUUCCACUGAAACGUCCCAGAGUGGCUGGAACAACUACUCGCAGGGGAAAAGGAGUCUUUUCCAUGAAAGGAGGAUCGAGAUCUACUGUCAGUGGAUCUUCUUCAUCCGGCUCGAAAUUGAAAUCGGAUGAGUUACAGACAAUCAAGAAAGAAUUAACCCAAAUCAAAACUAAAAUUGACUCCUUGCUAGGGCGCCUGGAGAAGAUUGAGAAGCAGCAGAAGGCGGAGGCAGAAGCUCAGAAGAAGCAAUUGGAAGAGAGUAUAGAGCUGAUCCAAGAUGAAUGUGUGUCAGAGAAUGCAGAUCACUCUACAGAGGAGCCUGCUGAAGGAGGGCCAGAUGCGGAUGGAGAAGAGAUGACUGAUGGGAUAGAGGAGGACUUCGAUGAAGAUGGGGGUCAUGAGCUGUUUCUACAGAUAAAGUGAUCUGAAGUAAUGAAGGAUGCCAUGAAAGCAGAAAAGAGAAACUGUGACAACCCCCAGAAAUGUGAAAGGAGGUUUCUUAAUGGAGAGCAGCAUCUUUGGUUCAAUUUAUAAAAACCCAAAUAAAUAACAUGGACAGUAUUGUUCAAUUUUAGGAAUUCCAUUUCUUCUAUGUUCUAAGCUGUAUAAUUGUCAGGUUUUUAUGGUUUAGAUUGUAAAUGUGUUUUUCCCUUUGCUAAUUAUGCUUUUUUUUAAGUCUUAAAACGUGAAGGACAUUUAUGAAUGGUAAGGGAGACACUGUAUACAAAUGUAUAUUUGUAAAAGCUAUUUUUAUGAUUAGCAUGUUUUACUGUUGACCAUAUAUAAAAGUCAGGUGAUAUUGCAAUUCUACAUUUAAAGCUUAUUUCCAAAAAUGUCUUGUAAGAAAAGAUGCAUUGUAUGCUAGUUUUUAUAAUUUAUUUUUAAUUUAUAGUUUAAAGUACUUCAGAUCAUAAGGAGAAAAUACUUGAAAAAGUUAUAUUUCUGCCCUCAAUAAGCACCAUUUUUAUUAAUAAAGAAUGCACAUAUUUCAGAUGUGAUUCGAUAGUUAAAGGACUGUUGCUUUGACCUGUGAUUAAAUUGAGCAUUCAGUUUUGCUUGACUAAACUGAAAUGAUUCAAUUAAUACCCAGUACUUUGGUCUAAGUAGGAGAUCUUAUGGACAGGUUUUAAUGCCAAUACAGGUGAGAACCAGAUUGGCAAAGAAGAUUGUCUUGUCUUUGGAUACAGAAGUCCAAAUCAGUGCAUACAUCACUCAUUUCAUCUCCUAUUGCUAGGAAGUCUCCAUCCCCCAGCAUUGCAAGUGUUUUCCAGAUGCUCUUAGCUGUUGUCUUGUGCUGUGGAAAUGGAAGAAACCAUCUUCACAGACUGUAGGAGAAUUCAGCAUAUAAUUUCUUAAUAAAUACUGUUUCUUUUAAAACAAA